AAAGUCGGAAAAAUUUCUUUAUUUCCUUGGGAAACGACUUCGAACACAAUCCAAAAAGACUUUGGUCAAUAUUGAAAUACAAAUCUAAAUCGCGUAACAUUCCCAACACCAUUUCUUCAGCUGCGACAACAAACAUCGACCAAGACACCCAUUCGUCGAGAAUCAGCGCUGAUAAACCUGUGGAUAUUGCGAACAUGUUCAACAACUACUUUUCAUCUGUAUAUACAUCCGACAAGUGUGCGGACGACGACACCGUUUCUCAGGAAGUCGAGCCUGUUAUGACUGAUCUUACUUUGACGGUCGAAGAAGUGCAGGCAGUUCUCGAAAACCUUGACAGCACAAAAGCCACGGGACCCGAUAAUAUUCCUGCCCGUUUGCUUAAAGAGACAGCUCCUAUCAUCUCUCCGUCUCUGUGCAUGUUAUUCAACAAAUCCUUAGAUGAGGGUGUCCUACCGGAAGAGUGGAAACUAUCAAACAUCGUUCCUGUACAUAAGAAAGGCGAAAGAGAAUAUACAGAAAACUACAGACCAAUCUCGCUACUGCCAAUUGUCUCAAAAGUCUUAGAACGCUGCGUUUUCUGCAACAUUAAAGUCCACCUAUUCCAACUAAUACAGAAAUCACAGCAUGGAUUUAUUUCAGGCAAAUCAUGCAUAACGAAUCUUCUGGAAGUUCUUGAAUUCAUUGGCUUGGAAUUGGACGCUGGAGGGCAGAUUGACGCUAUUUACCUUGAUAUAUCCAAGGCUUUUGACAAAGUUAACCACGAGCGCCUCGCAUACAAAUUGCGCAUGGCAGGAUUUGGAGGUAAACUUCUCCAAUGGUUUCACUCCUACCUAACUAAUCGUAAACAACGUGUGACUGUCCUUGGUGCAACAUCAAAUACCCUCCCAGUAACUUCAGGCGUACCUCAAGGCUCAAUUCUUGGCCCUCUCCUCUUUGUCUUGUACGUCAACGAUCUUCCUGACGCGGUCACAUCCAGCCAAGUUGCAAUGUUCGCCGACGAUACCAAACUAUUCACCUCCGUCAAAAGAGAAGACGACUGUAAACGCCUCCAAAGUGAUCUUGACAACCUGCAAACAUGGUCAUUAGCGUCUGGCCUCCCUUUCAACGAGAAAAAGUGUAAAUCACAACGAAUCACGAGAAAAACCAUGCCAAUCACGAACAACUACAAACUUAACACCCUAAACAUACAACAAACUGACAGUGAACGAGAUCUCGGCGUGUGGGUGGAGAACAAACUUACGUGGAACAAACAAGUUAACGAACAAUCGACCAAAGCAAACAAGUUACUUGGAUACAUCCGAAGAUCAUCUCUGUAUAUCCACAACACCUCAGUCCGGCGCACGCUGUAUCUGGCCCUUGUAAGACCACACCUAGGGUAUGCAACACAAAUAUGGGCUCCACAGUCCGUUGAACUGUUGAAACAAGUCGAGCGCACACAGAGAAGAGCAACUAGAUUCAUCCUCGAGUUACCAUUUUCCAGUACCAUGGACUAUACCACCAGGCUCCAGGCUCUAUCGCUCCUACCAAUCUGUUAUUGGCAUGAGUACCUUGACAUGGUUCUCUUUUACAAGAUUACCCACGGACUUGUAGACAUAAAUGAAUCUCUCCUUCCAACAAUCCGCACCUCCAGACAAACUAGAUCUUCCACCAGUACUUCCACCAAAUAUGUCAUUCCGAAAUGCAAGACAUCCACCUAUCAACGAUCCUUCUUUAUCCGAUCAACUCGGAUCUGGAACCUCCUCGCCGAUCAACUAAAACUGGACACAUGUGGUUUCUCUACAUUUAAAACUGUCAUUUUUAAUUAUUACUCUAUGUCAUUAAGAACUUGUUACAAUGUCAACGACCCUCGUUCGUACAAAACCAUUUGUCCAAAGUGUAACUCUGUUCGUAGUCUUAGUAUUCCAAUCUCGUGCUGCAUGUGAAAGACGUAUUGUUGUUAUUUUCAUAUGCUGUUUGUUGUUAGUUGAUUAUUGUAUUUGUUAAAUUUGUAAUAUUAGUUUUAAUGUUAGUUUUACGGGGCCGUAGUAAUUGGCUAAGUGCUGUUACGGACUCCCUGCCAUUAAUUGUAAUAUAGUUAUCUACAAGGCAAAGCUAAUAAAUUAAAUUAAAUUAAAUUAAUCUCGCUGGAGAAAGUAAAAGAUCUGAAACGUCAGAAAUUAUCGCAAUAACCCUGAUGUCUCCUGUUGAGGAACAUGUUAAAAAACCUCUUCUGGUACAUACUGUCAGAAAACCUUGUAGCAGUGCAAAAACAAUAUCGAAGAGUUCCUUAGAGAAAUACAGACAUCUCAAGCCAAUCGUAGAAAACUUCAUUUAUCUGGCGGAAACGUUGAUUUACUGAUGGGAACUGAUUUUACAGAUGGAUUUGUUGAUGUUCAUGUAAUACCAGGUGAAACCAGUGAACCUAUAGCAAAGAUGAACUGUUUUGGCUAGUAUGUCCUAGGCCAGCUUGCUCCUAACAAACAGAGUAUACAGUCCAUUGAUGUUGGUACAAUAAGUGUAAAGGAGAAAAUUGACAAUCUUCUGCAGCAAAAUUAACUGGGUGUGACGCCAACGAAGUUUUGUACCUGCACAGACAACGAAUUACGGGAAAAGAAGUUUGUACGAUCGUUAUCUGAAUCAACUACCCUGGUAGACGGUCGUAUUCAGGUGAAGAUGCCGUGGAAGGAAAUCGACCCACCUAAGAAAAGCAAUUACGACAUUGCCCUCAAGAAAUGUAUUCCACUGAGAAAUCCCUUAAAGGAAAGAAAUAUACCGAUGUUGUCGCUGAAGAAGUCCGGAAGCUGGUUGAUCAAGGUUUUGUAAUCAAGAUCCCGUCAGAAAAAGUACAUCACUCGAAGCUCGAAAGGUAUCUGCCACUACAAGCGGUCUUCACUCCUGAAAAAAACAACAAAGGUGCGAAUCGUUUUCGAUUCCUCUUGCGAAAGUCACAAUGGUCUUUCGUUGAAUGAUCAUCUCGGAAAGGCCUAACUACAUCAACGAUAUCCCAGAAGUCCUCGCAGCGUGGCGAUGGGAUAAUAUUGCAUACGCAGGAGAUGUGAGAAAGAUGUUUAAUCAAAUCCUGGUACACCCGGAUGAUCAAGUCUUCCAUAGAUUGCUUUGGAGAGAGAAACCAACCGACGAACCUAAUGUUUAUCAAUGGCUCCAUUUAAGCUUGGUGACAAGCCAGCACCUGACAUCGCCACUAAGUCGAUUAAAGCUUAGCUGAAGCGGCACAACCUGAAGAACCUCAAGCAGCAGCCGAAUUUUUACAACACGUGUACGUGGAUGAUGUUGCAGGAUCCAGAUCAACAGUUGAAGAAGUUCAGCAAUGAACCACUGCAAUUGAUUCCAUUCUUGAAAAUGGCAAGUUUGAAAUCAAAACCUGGCAUGCGAACAGUACAGAAAUCGACCAAUCGGGAGGUGAAAUGGUCACGGAUCUACUUGGCCAUAAGUGGGAUAAAGAAGCGGACAAGUUUACUUUCAAAAGAGAGGAAAUUCCCGAACUGUCUGAAACGCUAACAAAAAUAAAUAGUCUUGCACUCUUGGCUAAGCUGUGGGAUCCUAUUGGUAUGAUUGCACCCGUGACAAUAAAAUUCCGGAUCGAUUUACAAGAACUGUGGUGCUCAGGUUAUGGGUGGGAUGAUGUCAUAUCAGAGGAAAUUCAAAGAAAGUGGAAGGAGAAUCUAAAAACAACGAAUUAUCUUCUAUCGUUAGAAUUUGACCGAAAGUUAAAACCGACCAAUGCGAAUUCUCCACCAGAAAUCCACGGAUUUUCCAAAGCCGGUGAUCAAGCAUACCGAGCAGUAUUAUUUCUCCGCUGGGAACUAAUAGACGGUAGUUUUGUUUGUGUUCCAGUCAUAAUCAAGGCUUUCGUGGCUCCACCAAAGAAGGAGAGCAUCCCUAGACUGGAGUUGUUAGGCAGUUUAACCCUUGCAAGAAUUUACGACGCCUGUACGAAGAUGUUAACGGUUGCUGAUAUAGAUCAAGCCAAGAAAUUCUUAUGGAUUGACUCGACAACGGUUUUAUCCUGGAUAAAGACCCCGCCCAAAGAGUUUCGACCUUUCGUAUCUGCGCGAGUCGCCGAAAUUCAGGAAAGUGUGGGUUCAGAGGACUUCUGUUACAUUCCAUCAAAUGAAAACCGGGCUGAUUCACUCGCUCGCGGACUUUACAACAAACGUACUUGCAGGGAGGUGAGUCCGAGAUUGGACGCACCGAGGGUGGCUGGAAGUUUCCCGAACUUACCGAGCGAAGCGAGGUGAGUUCGGGAAACUUCCAGCCACCCGAGGUGCGUCCAAUCCCAGACUCACCGAACCUGCAAGUACGUUUGGUUUUUAUCCCAUACACCGAGCCAUACACACAUUUGUAGCUCUUCGCGAUAUAUUCGUCGAUAUUUUGUGAACAUUUUCCCGGCCAAAAAAAUCACUGGGCAAGAAAAUACUUCUUUAUCUACGUCUACACUACCUUUACUGCAUUUUUUCUUUGGUUUUUCUUCAGUCUCAGUAUGUUAGUCACUGAAAAGUUCUUUAAAGUUUAGGUUUAUCGGCUAAAUCUUGUCCGCCAUAUUUGUUAUUGUUAUUGCAACGUAAGCAGUUUAGCGGGUGAGUUCGGGCGAAAAGCAGGUGAGUUCGAAAAAAGCAGGUGAGCUCGACGACAAGCUCACCUGCUCUAAACCAAUCAGAAAGCCGCUUUUAACACAGGUAUGGGAUAAUAUAACAAACGUACUUGCAGGGAGGUGAGUCCGGGAUUGGACGCACCGAGGGUGGCUGGAUGUUUCCCGAACUUACCGAGCGAAUACACCGAGCCAUACACACAUUUGUAGCUCUUCGCGAUAUAUUCGUCGAUGUUUUGUGAACCUUUUCCCGGCCAAAAAAAUCACUGGGCAAGAAAAUACUUCUUUAUCUACGUCUACAUUACCUUUACUGCAUUUUUUCUUUGGUUUUUCUUCAGUCUCAGUAUGUUAGUCACUGAAAAGUUCUUUAAAGUUUAGGUUUAUCGGCUAAAUCUUGUCCGCCAUAUUUGUUAUUGUUAUUGCAACGUAAGCAGGUUAGCGGGUGAGUUCGGGCGAAAAGCAGGUGAGUUCGGCAAAAAGCAGGUGAGCUCGACGACAAGCUCACCUGCUCUAAACCAAUCAGAAAGCCGCUUUUAACACAGGUAUGGGAUAAGAUCCUGAACUUCUCAAAGAUUGGUUAACCGGCCCAUCAUUCCUCAAGUUACAGGAAGCAGAAUGGCUACAUUCGAAAACCCAGUCUAAACCAGAAAUCAUUGAUGCAGAAACCAAAAGAGAACUAAAACCCCAAAAGAAGCAACCAAAAGACAAGAAAGUUAACGUUAAUCCAACCGUUAAUGCCAACACAACCGCGGAAACGGACAAUCAUGAGAGCCAUAGUCUGAGAAAACUACUGAAUCGAAAGCGGAAAAAUCCCAUUCUGACACAUUUACUAACGAGAUGUUCUUCGUUCUCAUCAAAAGUUUGACGGAUUCUAGCCCAUGUCAAUCGGUUCGUUCAGAACGCAAGGCGUAAUAAACAAACAGGAGCAAUAACAGUCGAAGAACUGGAAAAAGCUGAAAAACAGCUAUUUCGAUGCAGUCAGUUUCAACUAAAUGUCAACACUCUCAACAAGCAAAUGAGCACAGACACGUUUCUGCUGGCAUUCCCACGCUUUGCUUGUUUACGCGGACAUCCCGACACGUGUUGAUCAGAUGCCGGAACAAAUUUUGUUGGUGCACAACUUUACCUUGAAGAAAUAAUGCAAGAUUGGGAUAUUCCGAGAAUAAAGAGUGUCCUCUCAGAAGUGUUCACGUGCGACUUCAAGUGGAAAUGGAAUACUCCACAUGCCAGUCAUCAAACCGGAGCAGUUGAAUCCCUCAUAAAAUCUGUGAGACAGGCUAUGAAUUUUACGUGCAAAGAACCAGCCUUUACUGAAGAGCAGUGGAGGAGAUUUCUCGCUGAAAUUACCUACCAGAUUAACAGCCGACCUUUGUACCCCAUUUCCGAUAGUAUUUGGGAAACUCCACCGAUCAGCCCAAAUGACAUCCUUUUGGGUCAGGUCAGCACAACACACCGCCACAACCAGAAUGGGAAGAAAGGGUAAACCCAAGAGAUAUGAUCAGAAGCACAGAAAAGCGAGUAAAUGAUUUCUGGUGCUGUUGGAUGAAAUAUUUUGCGCCAAACCUUCUACCAAGAAACAAGUGGUUCAGAACAAGAGAAAAUGUGAAAGAAGGCGACCUUGUCUUAGAGUUGGAUUCAAAGCAUAAAAGAUGCCAAUGGAAGAUGACGAUCAUUAUUGGAACAUAUCCAGGAAACGAUGGAUGUAGGAGAAAGGUCCGAAUAAAGAAUUCCGAUGGAGAAUAUGACCGGCCAAUACACAAGCUUUGUCUUAUCGCGACAAAGGAGGAACUAAAUGACAAGGAGAACAAACUCGAAUAG